CCGCCGCCGGCCGCCUGCGCCAUGCUCCGCCUCCGAGGGUGCAUCGUUGCCCAUCUCCUCUCUUUCUCCUCCACCUCUGGCCCGGCCAUCUCCCCCCUCCACCGGCUCCUCUCCGCAUCGGCAGCCGCCGGCCCCAUUUCCCCGAACCCCAGUGGAUUCGCCGUCGAGGAGUACCUCGUCGACACCUGCGGGCUCACCCGGCCCCAAGCCCUCAAGGCCUCCACCAAGCUCUCCCACCUCAAGUCCCCCGCCAACCCCGAUGCCGUCCUCGCCUUCCUCUCCGGCGUCGGCCUCUCCGGCGCCGACGUCGCCGCCGUCGUCGCCAAAGGUCCGCAGCUCCUAUGCGCGAAAGUGGACAAAACCCUGGCUCCGGUGGUCGAUGGGCUCACCGGCCUCGGCCUGUCGCGUUCCGACAUCGCCCACGCCUACUUCCGCUGUAGAUCCAUAGUCCCCAAGCUGCACUACUACCUUCCCCUCUUGGGCUCCUCCCACAACUUGCUCCGGCUGCUCAAGCGGGGAGGAUCCCACCUUCUGUCAUCGGACCUCGACAAGGUUGUCAAGCCCAAUGUUGCCUUCCUGAGGGAGUGCGGGCUAGGUGAUUGUGAUAUUGCCAAGCUGUGCAUCCAUCGGCCAAGGAUGCUCACCACCAACCUGGAGCGCGUCCGGGCGAUGGUGACAUGCGCCCAAGGUAUAGGUGUGCCCCGUGGCUCUGGGAUGUUCAGACAAGCGCUACAUGCUGUCGCAUUCCAAAGCGAGGAGAAGAUUGCCGCCAAAGUGGACUACUUGAAGAACACAUUCAGGUGGUCUGCUGCUGAGUUGGUUAUUGCUUUGUCUAAGGCUCCGAUGCUGCUGAGGAUGUCAAAGGACAUGCUACAGCGCAAGUCCGAGUUCCUGCUAUCUGAGGUGGGGUUGGAGCCCAUGUACAUUGCUCAUCGACCGAUAAUUAUUUGUCUUAGCCUGGAGGGCCGGGUCAGGCCCCGGUACUAUCUUGUAAAGUUUCUCAAGAAAAAUGGACUGCUAGAUCGUGACUUGAGCUUCUAUACUGCGGUCAAGAUGACUGACAAGGUAUUUGUGGAGAAACUCAUAUCCCCUCACAAGGAAGCUGCGCCACACCUUGCUCAAGACUAUGCAAUAGCUUGCAAAGGGGAAGUGCCUACUAAUUUCUGAUUUACAUGAACAAAGAAGGGCUAUGGAAAUUGGGUACAGCCUAUGGCACAACAAAGUUAUCACCCUGUCUGUAAGCUGGUACUUCCUGUUUCGGUGUUCUUUGCCUAAGAUGAUGAUGUUGGUUGUUUACUGUAGUAUGCCUGUUACAUGCUAGUUAGUCAUUGCUAAGUGCUAACUCCUUAUGAAACUGAAAUUUUGAUUCCUGAACCCCCAUAUGUUGAUGUUGUCAUUUCUUAGAGAAGAUCUCUGUAAAUGAGAAGUCCAUGGAUAUAUAUUUGGUUCCGACUUCCAUUUUGAAGAUAAUGCAAAUUGGAUGUGUGGGUGGAUCAAUUUUGUGCCGAAACCAGCACCCAUGAAACCAGAAAGCAAAAGACUAACAAUGUGUCAUU